UUCGUUCGACAGGAUCGCCAACCACCGCCGCCGAUUUGCUCCGACGGCGCUGAUCGUCGGACUCCAGCAGCUUCAAGUUUCCAAGUUUCCGGCGAAGGAUUGCUCGACCUCCGAUUCCGAGGAAGCAUCGACGCAUGCCUCGAUACAAAGACGAGCCUCCCGCAGUUCGCGUCUACACGGUCUGUGAUGAAUCGAGGUACCUUAUCGUGAGGAAUGUUCCCGCGUUAGGAUGUGGAGAUGAGCUGUUGAAGCUCUUCGCCACUUACGGCGACGUUGAAGAAUGUAAACCGAUGGAUGAAGAAGACUGUGAGCCGUACACUGAUGUUUAUUGGAUCAAGUUUUGUCUCGAUUGCAAUGCUAGGUUUGCAAAGAAAAAGUUGGAUGAGUAUGUAUUCUAUGGGAAUAGACUGCAAGUUUCGUAUGCUCCCCAUUUUGAGAGCCUCUCUGAUACAAGAGAGAAGUUAGAAGCUAGAAGAAAGGAAGUUCUUGCUCGGUCUAACUCUGGAAGAUUCAAGGGUACUGCCACCUCUAGCAGUGUCGGUCUGGUCAAGUCUUCGGCUAAUGCAAGUUCCUCGCAGAAUAGUGCUGUUGGUCAACAGAUCUUCAAUCCUAAGAGUGCAUCGCAGCUCAUUCCUCAUGCUGACAGUUCUCCAUAUUCAAGGGUUUCCUCAGAGUUGGAUUAUUUUCAAUCCCAUUCGAUGAAUCAGACAGUGCGGUUGGUCAGAGACAAGCUCAAUAAGAUUGAAUCAAGUGGUGAGCGUCCGCAAUCAGGACCUGCAGUGAAGAAAGCUCGCGUGGACAACAGAAGGAGAAUUUGACUUUUAUUGAAACUCAGAAUUGCCCUCUGUCAAAGGUUAUCUUGAUGUCUGGCACACUGCUUUUAUCUCACUGGGGAUCACGUGCUUCCAAUGUUCACAGGGGAGUGUGGAGAAUGUAGGCAUUGCCAGUCUGAGGAAAGCAACUUGUGCGAUCUGCUAAGAAUCAACACUGAGAGAGGGUUAUGCUUAGUGAUGGAAAUCUAGAUUUUCCAAAAAUGGUUCACCAAUAAAUCACUUUCUGGGCACAUCCACUGUUGGUGAAUAUACAGUUGUUUAUAGAGGCUGUCUAGCAAAGAUUAAUCCUCUUGCACCUUUGGAUAAAGUUUGCAUUCUCAGUUGCGGCAUCGCCACUGUUCAGGAUUAGGAGCAACAUUGAAUGUCGUGAAGCCGAAACAAAGGUUCUUCUGUUCCUCUAUUUGGACUAGGAGCUGUUGGCCUAGCUGCUGCAGAAGAUGCUAGAGUUGCAGUUGCAUCAAGAAUUAUUUGAGUUAAUUUAAAUCCAAACAGCCAAGAAGUUUGGAGUGACUGAAUUCAUUGGCCCAAAGGAUCAUGACAGACCUGUUCAACAGGUUUUAAGUUCUUGACCUGUUCCUCUCUUAUAAAUUCUGUGUUUUGUUCCUCCCUAGUUUUCCAAUAUUCUUUUAGGGUAGAUAACCUUCCUUUGGUGUUGGUGGAACUCUGUAUACAAUCAUUUGUGACUUGACUUCCAGUGAGUGCAAGUUAUUGCUGAAAUGACUAAUGGUAGUGUUGACUUGAGUGUGGAGUGCACUGGCAACAUCAAUGCCAUGGUUUCCGCUUUUGAAUGUGUUCAUGAUGUUAGUAUGACAACCGCAGUGGCAUUUUCUAUUCUAGGCAUUUCUCUGAUUUUCAUCUUUUCCCCUUGUCAUUUCGUGAUUCUAUGUCUUAGUAUAUCUUGAUAUUAUUACAUUGCAGGUGAUGUUUGUUGCCACUAUGGCUAUAAUCAGUACUUCUUGACUGUGAUUGUGUGGGACUUUCCAUGUUUUAACAGCACUGGUCAGUCGGCCUACAGUAUCAUUUUGUCAAACUUUCAGAUUAUGUUCACUAGGAGGUGCCCUGGUUUGGCAGUGUAGUUUAAAGUCUUUUCACGUAAUAUAGUAAACCAAAUAGAGAGAUUCUAAUGGUA